AUGGACGUGGACAUGGACGUGGACGUGGACAUGGACGUGGACGUGGACGUGGACGUGGACAUGGACGUGGACAUGGACGUGGACGUGGACGUGGACGUGGACGUGGACAUGGACGUGGACGUGGAGGACUUGGACGUGGACAUGGACGUGGACGUGGACGUGGACGUGGACAUGGACGUGGACGUGGACGUGGACGUGGACGUGGACGUGGACGUGGACGUGGACGUGGACGUGGACGGGGACAUGGACGUGGACGUGGACGUGGACGUGGACGUGGACGUGGACGUGGACGUGGAGGUGGACGUGGACGUAGACGUGGAGGACGUGGACGUGGACGUGGACGUGGACGUGGACGUGGAGGUGGACGUGGACAUGGACGUGGACGUGGACGUGGACAUGGACGUGGACGUGGACGUGGACGUGGACGUGGACGUGGACGUGGACCUGGACGUGGACGUGGUCGUGGACGUGGACGUGGACCUGGAUGUGGACGUGGUCGUGGACGUGGACCUGGACGUGGACGUGGACGUGGACGUGGACCUGGACGUGGACGUGGACGUGGACGUGGACGUGGACUUGGACGUGGACGUGGACGUGGACGUGGACGUGGACAGGGACGUGGACGUGGACGUGGUCAUGGACGUGGACGUGGUCGUGGACGUGGACGUGGACGUGGACGUGGUCGUGGACGUGGUCGUGGACGUCGACGUGGACGUGGACGUGGACGUGGUCGUGGACGUGGACGUGGACGUGGACGUGGACGUGGACGUGGACGUGGACGUGGACGUGGUCGUGGACGUGGACGUGGUCGUGGACGUGGACGUGGACGUGGUCGUGGACGUGGUCGUGGACGUGGACGUGGACGUGGACUUGGACGUGGACGUGGACGUGGACGUGGACAUGGACGUGGACGUGGACGUGGACGUGGACAUUGUCGUGGACAUCGAGGUGGACGUGGACAUGGACGUGGACAUGGACUUGGACGUGGACGUGGAGGUGGACGUGGACGUGGACGUGGACGUGGAGGACUUGGACGUGGACGUGGACGUGGACGUGGACGUGGACGGGGACGUGGACGGGGACGUGGACGUGGACGUGGACGUGGACGUGGACGUGGACGUGGACGUGGACGUGGAGGUGGACGUGGACGUGGACGUGGACGUGGACGUGGACGUGGACGUGGACGUGGACGUGGACGUGGACGUGGUCGUGGACAUGGACGUGGACGUGGACGUGGACGUGGACAGGGACGUGGACGUGGACGUGGACAGGGACGUGGUCGUGGACGUGGUCGUGGACGUGGACGUGGACGUGGACGUGGACGUGGACGUGGUCGUGGACGUGGACGUGGACGUGGACGUGACGUGGACGUGGUCGUGGUCGUGGUCGUGGACGUGGACGUGGACGUGGACGUGGACGUGGACGUGGACGUGGACGUGGACGUGGACGUGGUCGUGGACGUGGACGUGGACAUGGACGUGGACGUGGACGUGGACGUGGACGUGGACGUGGAGGUGGACGUGGACGUGGACGUGGACGUGGACGUGGACGUGGACGUGGACGUGGACGUGGACGUGGACGUGGUGCGUGGACAUGGACGUGGACGUGGACGUGGACGUGGACAGGGACGUGGACGUGGACGUGGACAGGGACGUGGACAGGGACGUGGUCGUGGACGUGGUCGUGGACGUGGACGUGGACGUGGACGUGGACGUGGACGUGGACGUGGUCGUGGACGUGGACGUGGACGUGGACGUGGACGUGGACGUGGACGUGGUCGUGGACGUGGUCGUGGGGACGUGGACGUGGACGUGGACGUGGACGUGGACGUGGACGUGA